AUGUCGUUCUUUAAUAAUCUCAAGAAGGUGCUACACCUCGGCGGCGGACAUGACGCGAAAAAGAAAAAAGUGUUCAGCAACAUCCGGGACAACAGCGACCCCAAUGAGAACUGGGACAUGAUCGGGGAGCUUGGCGAUGGGGCGUUUGGAAAGGUGUACAAAGCUCAGCACAAGACCACGGCGCAACUGGCCGCGGCGAAGAUGUGCGUCCUCGACAACGAGGACGACCUCGCCGACUUUACGGUGGAGAUCGACAUCCUCACGGAGUGCCGGCAUCCCAACGUGGUGGAACUGCACGAGGCAUACUUCAUUGAUAACAAGCUGUGGAUGCUCCUCGAGUACUGCGACGGUGGCGCCCUCGAUUCAGUCAUGGCCGAGCUAGAGAAGGGCCUGAACGAGUCGCAGAUCGCGUACGUUUGCCGGGAGAUGUGCAAGGGGCUGGAGUUCCUUCACUCGCGGAAGGUCAUACACAGGGACUUGAAGGCGGGCAACGUGCUGGCUACUAUGACGGGCGGGGUCAAACUGGCUGAUUUCGGCGUGUCUGCGAAAAAUAAGUCGACACUUCAGAAACACGACACGUUCAUAGGCACCCCGUACUGGAUGGCGCCGGAGGUUGUUCUCUGCGAGACGUUUAGGGACAAUCCGUACGAUUUUAAGGUGGACAUCUGGUCACUCGGUAUUACAUUAAUCGAGUUCGCCCAAAUGGAGCCGCCCAAUCACGAGAUGACCCCAAUGCGUGUGCUGCUCAAGAUACAGAAGAGCGACCCCCCGACCCUCGAGCAGCCCUCCAGGUGGUCGAAGCACUUCAACGACUUCAUAUCGAAGGCGCUUGUUAAGGACCCGGAAAAGCGUCCGACAUCGUCGGACCUCCUCAAGCACGAGUUUGUCACCGGUAAUCUCGAUUCGAAGUCGCUUCGAGAUCUUCUACUAGAAUAUCGAGCUGAGGUGGUCGAAGAGGAAUUACUUGAUGACGAUUCUGAGGAACAUCGCAGCUCUCAAAUGCAGAUGGAGAUAGAAGAUGACUCUACAUCGGUGCGGUCGGGCGAGACGCCGGAUAUAAAAAUGUCAGAGCAGGAACCAUGCCCAGCCACGACGCCGGCACGCGCUCCCGCCGCCGCGCCGCCCUCUCCGCGCGCUGCUUCCCCUGCGCCCGCGCACCCCGCCAAGAGACCGCACGAAGACGCCGACGACCAUCGGCACGCUGACAGGAAACCGCCCGCCCCAAAGAAAGAGAAAGGUCCCGCGCCGCCGCCGCCCGCGGUUCCCGCAACUCCUACGUCCCCAACAGCUCCAUCGCCACCCACAUUGGCACUUGCGCCCUCAGUCGCGGCUGCGACACCCGUAUCCUCAACCACACCAUCGCCUACCACCCCCACAUCUACUGCACCAUCAUCAGCUACUCCAAUACCUGUCUCAUCAUCUCCCACAACGCCAGCUGCCAUUCAGACACCUACGCUCGUACAAAAUUCAAUUGCUCCCACGCCGCUAACGACCCCAACGACGCCUCCGGCACAAGUAACUCGCGGUGGUCGCAAACAGCCUGCCCCUCCACCCCCCGCACCGACACCAGCAAGCCCCACAACCGCCAGCAAGCUUAUUGUUGACCAGGUAUGUCGAGAAGCAGAGCAGGCGGUCGAAAAACAUUCUCAAAAUGCAGAAAAGAUAGACUUAACAAACAAAGACAAUAAACCAAAGGCAGAUAGACUAGAAACAGCAGACGACAAAAUCAGUGUCAACGUUAAAAUUAAACACGACGUUAAUAGGAACAGUACUGAAUUCGACAGAAACAAAAUUGAGCUCAAAGAUAAAGUGGACGUAACAAAUAUUGUUAACGUUAAAACAGAAGACAAGAAUAAUGUUAAACGUAAUAGCGUUGAUGUAAAACGGCAGAGCGCAGAAGUUAAGAAUGAAGUCGAAAAGGAAGUCCCUCAAACAAUUGAUAACAUAGAAAAGUCGAGACGAUACAGUAAAGAAAUAAGCAGUGAAAUCAAAAGAAGAAGCAUGGAGAUCGAGAGUAAACUGGAGAAGUCGAGUCGGAAAAGUCUAGAUGACGUCAGAACUAUCGAAGAGAAGAGCAAUGACAGAGGAAUUGAAAAGAAGAGUUUGAAUGACGUAAGAGUCAUAGACAGAUCGCAGGAAAGGAAGAGUCUUAACGAUGUAAGGUUAUCGGAAAAGACAUUCAGUGAAGUUAGAGUCGCGGAAGAACGAAAGAGUUUCAACGACAGAAUAUCGUUGGAGAAGGAGAAGGAUAUCACAGAAGUAUUAAAUAAGUCCAAUACAGAUAUUUAUAGAAGCGAGAAAGAUAGAGCUAGAUCAACAGAAGAGAUAGAUAAGAAUGAUAAGAAGAGAGUUAGUGCUGAAGUGCUUAGGAUUGAGUCUAGGUCUAGAAGUAUGGAUGAUAAAGAUAGACUAGAUCGCGUUCUUAGAGACUAUUCUAGGUCUAGCUCUAUUGAUGAGAAGACUGCAGUUGAGAUUGGUCCGAUAAUGACUUCAUCGCACGACACGCGCCAACCGUCCCCAUCGCAGGCCGUCACAGUGGUUUCAGUGAGCGCUGAGCCUAACUCCCUGGAUGCGGCACCAUGUGGCUUGGUCACCGUCACCACAACGCACCCACCAGUACUCAACACUGGUGCUAGGUUACCACCGAACGCAGUCACCAUAUCUAGUACGCCGCCGAUCGCGGACGAAGUUGUCAUAGUGGGCGCUGGCGUGGGUGCGGCUAGCGUGGUCACUGGCGGAACUACGGGAUCAUCGUCUGAUGAUGACUGUUUUGCGCCAUCAUCGCUAGACUCACUCGAUUGCACUACGUGUUAUACAGAGAAAAGCCGCGGUCGUCGUCUGGACAGCAGUGAAGUGUUGAUCCUUAGUCCUGGCGCUGGAGACUCGGGUCUCGGGUUCGAUGACUCGCAUAACCUUAAUUUGGACACAUCCCACGUCUCAGUGGUUACGGUCGGAGCUGAGGAAGUCCGGGUUCGUGACUCAGCCGCGACACACAUAGCGUUGCCACACAACGAUCACUCUUGCAGACUCAGUCCAGAUAGCUUUGAAAGUCGUCGAUCCGACAGCGGUUCCGGUCGCUCGGAAAGAUCGCGACGCGGUGACGCCGACUCGCUAGCGACGACCGCGUCACACGACUCCGCUCAUCUCAACGGCGGAAGCAGGGUAAACAAGGACAAUCAGAGCAUAGAAGAGAAUGGUGAAGCGGAAGUUGUUCUUAGGAGGAAACCUCAAGAAAACGUUAAUAGGAUACAGAGAUCGAAAGAAGACAUCCACAUGGCAAAUCUGAAAAAGAAGACGCGCAAGCGCACGAGAAAGUUCGAGAUCGACGGCGUCGUCGUCACAACUACUACACACAAGGUUAUAUGGGGUGACGAAGAGAGCGGCAGGACGUGGGACGACCACGCACUAAGGAAGCAAGAGUUGCGAGAGAUCAAGAUGCUCCAGAAACAGGAGCAGAAGCAGUUCCAAGACCUGAACGCGAAGGAGCAGCAGCUCAGAGAACAGCAGGAUAAGAGAUUUGAAGCCGAACUAGCGUCACUAUGUCGCGCGCACGAAGCCGACCUGGACACGUUGGCGCGGGCACAAAGGGCUGCAGCCGAACGUGCCGAGCAGCAACUCGAAGCUGAGCUGCGCGCGCAGGCGAAAAGGCUGAGGACCGAUCACGAGAGAGACCUGAGGCACUUCAGAGACACUCUUAAGCAAGAGUUGAGGCUGCUCAAACAGGAAGUGGAGUUGGUAGCGAAAGAUCGGCGCAAAGAAGCGUACAGGCAGCGGCGAACGCGGCUCGACGCGGAGCACGCGGCGCGCGAACGAGCGUUUGUAGCGUCUUUAGCGGAGAGCGGCGACGCGGUGUUGCGGCGGGUUCACGCCACACACCGUGAGAGGCAGGCGCUCGCUGAUAGACAGCAUUUGCAGCAGCGGCAGCAGAUAAUGCGGACCCGCGAAGCGGCAUUGUGGGAACUGGAAGAGAAGCAGAUACACGAACGGCAUCAGCUGGCGAAGCGGCAGCUGAAGGACGAGUUCCUCCUGCGCAGACAUCAAAUGCUGGUCCGGCACGACAAAGAGCUGGAGCAGAUUAAGAGGAAAAACCAACGAAAAGAGGAGGAGUUGGCGAAAUGCCAAGCGUUGGAGAAGAGAUCGCUUCCAAAACGGAUACGAGCGGAACAGAAGGCGAGAGAGAUGAUGUUCCGCGAGUCGCUGAGGAUCGGCGCUGCACCGCACAGCCACGACGACGAACGGGAGAGGCUCAAGAAGUUCCAAGAGAACGAGAAGCGACGCUAUCGCGCGGAACAACAGCGGCUCGCGACCAAACACGCUAAGGCGAGGGAGGAGCUUAAAGCCGCCGGAGAGGCACUACUCCGCGAACUGGAGCAGUACCAAAACGAGAAGAGGAAGGCCCUCAUGAACCACGAGAGCAACAAGAUGAAGACGAUCGAGGAGAGGUAUGCGCAGGAGUUGAAGGAGUGGCGCGCGACCCUCGGCGAUAGGAAGCAGAAACUGAUUGAGGCCUUCGAAAAGCACCUCGACGAUCACGAGAAAAAGUUCGGCAUCCCGAUACCGGACCGGGACUCGUAUCUAGACGUACCGUGGCCGAAGAACGUGCUCCAACACGUCCUAUCCACCUACCAUCAGCGGAACUCCUUUAUGGGUUCCCUGUCGAGGUCCAGAACCAGCUUGAACCUGGCUCUAUCCACCGCCAAUACUCCGAACAUGGAACGUAGAAGUUCCAGCCCGAAUCGCUUAACGAAGUCGGCGGCUUCCAGCGCCACCAACACGGCUAAACGGGGGAAAUUGACAAAGGCACAGAAGUUCGGAUCCACAUCCAACCUCAAGCUGGUCUCCGAGAAGAUCUCUGGAUUCUCCGUAUUCAACAACAACGAUGACUUCAAGCGACACCCGAUUAUGGCUUACGAUGAUAUACCCAGGGAGAUUGAGGAGGAACCCAAAAAGCUGGAACGCUCGAAACCCCUGGAUAAGAAGAAGUUGAACAGGCAAAGCCUUAGCGAACAGCUGUUCAAGCAGGUGAACGAAACCACGAUGAAGCGUAGCAUAUCCCAGCAGAGCCUGAAGCAGGAUAUCAGCAUGGAAGCGGUGGUGAUAGAUAUGCCGUCGCUAGAGGGGAGGGAUAAAAGCGAUGACAGUAUCAGCUCGAAGAGCAAUGAAGAUGAAGAGCACUUCAGUAGAUGGGGACCGGUCAGAGGUUCCAACAGUUACGCCAACGCGCCAAGUGUUCCAGUCAGUCAACUUUCCACGUUGAAUUUGAAGACGCAAGUGAACAAGGGAAAGAGUCCCCCGGAUUCUAUUGCUUAA